UAUUUGCAGUCGAUUGUUUUGCUUUGCCUUCUGAUAGAAAAACAGCCGCAACAUGUCCAACUUUAUUAUAAAUGGCCUGUUGCAGUCGCGCAACCCGCUGCUCACAUUUCGUCGGUUCCGUGGAAAGAUCAACAUUCAGCGACCACGGCAACCGCAUUACGAAAGAGCUCGCGUGCUCGAAAUUAUAAAACCGUACUACAAAAAACCCGAAUUUAAUGCUCCGUGUAUCGAUGCCCAACGGAUGAAGGAAAGUAAAACGUUGGACAACCCGUAUGAAACAAUCAUUGCUCGGGAAGCCCGAAAUUGGUUCGAGCACAGCAAACUAGUAGCGCUGCUGCACGUGAAUUCGAUAAGGCAGGAGGAUAUGUUUAAGAUGCAGGUAGCACUGCAUCGACAUAAUAUAUCGGUUAAGGUGUACGGUAAAUCGAUCAUGCGUAAGGCACUUGCAGAUACAAAAUUCGAAGCGAUUAUGCCACUGUUUGAAGCUAAAACAGCAAUCAUCUUUAGUCCUGACGAGCAAAAGAUUAAGCAGGUGCUGAGCGUGUUAAAGAAAACGCCCCAACUCAUCUUGAUGGGUGGAAUUGUGGAGGGUAGAUUGUUAAGUAGAAACGAGUUUAUGGCUUACGCUACCAUGCCUGACCUUACUGCAGUGCGGGCACAGUUUGCUGCGGUAUUAGAAAGUGCUGGUGGUAAGAUUGUAGCAGAUCUGCAGUGCCAUCAGAGCCAGCUGGUAAACAUGCUCGAUGCGUACGCAAAAAACGAUUCCCAACCCGAUAAGAGCAGUUCUGUUAGUGUUGUUGACGAAAAAAAAGACAGUUAAGUCGAGGAGCAUUUAGUUGGGAUAAGUAUACAGUAGAGCAAGAAACCGUAAAACAAUAUAAUGAGUUUAUACUACUCACGGAUUACUUUAUAUCUCAGAUAUUAAUGCAUCACGAAAUUUAUUCAACACUUUUUCAGUCAUUCGGAGCUUUUUGAAAGUAUCAU